UCUCUAGAGCUCUUCUUCUUCUCCUCCAUGGUUCUUCUCCAAAGCUCCUCUUUUUCUCUCUAGAGCUCUUCUUCUUCUCCUCCAUGGAAGACAAUGUUCUCCAUCUCUAAACUUCUCUCUUUCUUCAACCUCUUCUCCUUCUUCCUCCGCCGCCGCCCACUCCCAACCACCACCACCACCACCACCACUGACGACGCCACUAUAGAGUGCUACGCCUGCACUCAACCAGGAGUCCCUUCCUUCCACUCCACCACUUGUGACCAUUCCCACACUCCACAAUGGCAAGCCAACGCCGGCUCCUCUCUUCUCCCCAUCCACAACUCCUCCAACUCCAAUCCCCCACUCACCCUCACCCCUUCCUCUCUCUUCGGCUCCGUCCUCGACCCUCGAAGCAAGCGCGUCAAGAGCUGGAACCGCGCUUUCCUCCUUACCCGAGCUCUAGCUCUCGCCAUUGACCCUCUCUUCUUCUACUCCCUCUCCAUUGGCCGUGAUGGCACUCCAUGCUUGCAACUGGACGCUAAGUUAGCCGGCGUUGUUACAGCGUUGAGGACUUGUGUUGAUGCUUUGCAUGUUUUGCAUGUUUGGUUACAGUUUAGAGUUGCUUAUGUUUCCAGGGAAUCUCUUGUUGUUGGUUGUGGCAAGCUUGUUUGGGAUGCUCGCACUAUUGCCUUGCAUUAUCUUCGUUCCAUUAAAGGCUUCUGGUUUGAUAUCUUCGUCAUCCUUCCUGUUCCUCAAGUGGUGUUCUAUUUGGUCUUGCCAAAUUUGAUCAGAAAUCAAGAAAUCAAGCUAAUAAUAACAAUGUUACUGCUAAUGUUCUUGUUCCAAUUCCUGCCAAAGAUCUACCACAGCAUCUGUGUGAUGAAAAGAAUGCAGAAAGUGACUGGCUACAUUUUUGGCACAAUUUGGUGGGGCUUUGGCCUCAACCUUGUCGCCUAUUUCAUUGCUUCACAUGUAGCUGGUGGUUGCUGGUAUGUUCUCGCAAUUCAGCGUGUCGCGUCAUGCCUUCAACUUCAGUGUGAUACGAACAACAGAAACUGUGAUUUCUUUUCAUGUGAUGCCCACCAAAAGACUUCAACGUGCAUGAAUAAGGAUGGACCAUUUAAUUAUGGAAUUUAUGAUGGUGCUCUUCCUGUAAUUUCAAGCAAUUCACUUGCUGUUAAAGUCCUCUAUCCAAUAUUCUGGGGCCUUAUGACUCUCAGCACUUUUGGCAAUGAUCUUGAGCCUACUAGUCACUGGCUUGAAGUGAUAUUCAGUAUAAUCAUAGUAUUGAGUGGAUUAAUGCUCUUCACUUUGCUCAUCGGAAACAUACAGGUGUUCUUGCAUGCUGUAAUGGCGAGGAAACGAAAAAUGCAAUUACGGUGUCGAGAUAUGGAAUGGUGGAUGAAACGAAGACAAUUACCGUCACGGUUGAGACACAGAGUUCGACAGUUUGAACGACAACGGUGGGCAGCAAUGAGAGGAGAGGAUGAGAUGCAAAUCAUUAAAGAUUUACCAGAAGGUCUCCGUCGAGAUAUAAAGCGGCAUCUCUGCCUAGACCUCAUUAAACAAGUGCCAUUGUUCCAUAAUUUGGAUGAUCUGAUCCUUGACAACAUUUGUGACAGAGUCAAACCUCUAGUGUUCUCUAAAGGCGAAAAGGUAAUUAGAGAAGGUGAUCCAGUGCAGAGAAUGGUGUUUGUUAUGAGAGGUAGCUUGAAGAGUAGUCAGAAAUUGAGCAAAGGCAUGGUUGCAACGUGUAUGUUAGGGCCCGGGAAUUUCCUCGGUGAUGAAUUACUUUCUUGGUGUCUUCGCCGUCCAUUUAUCGAUCGAAUGCCAGCUUCAUCUGCAACAUUUGAGUCCAUUGAGCCUACAGAAGCCUUUGCCUUAGACGCAAAUGAUCUCAAGUACAUUACUGAACAUUUUCGGUACAAAUUUGCUAAUGAGAGACUAAAAAGAACGGCGAGAUACUACUCAUCAAACUGGAGAACAUGGGCAGCAGUAACGGUACAGCUUGCUUGGCGGAAAUACAGAUCGACAAGUAACAAUGUUGUUGUUCAAGCAAUGCAAGGAAGCGAUGAAGAACGACGUCUUCGUCUUUACGCAGCGAUGUUCAUGUCUUUCAAACCUCAUGAUCAUCUUGAAUAGAUCAUGAUUGCUUAUCUAUUUCUUUAAGAAUUAUUCUUUGGAAUUCAAUAAAAUAGCAAUGCCAUUACUUACAGUUCAA